GAAAGAACGAAUUUUACUCUCCAAUAGUACCUGUAUCGAUUUGCCACUCGAAUAAGUGUGUACAUUCGAUUAUUUAUGAACUAAGUACUAAAAAAUGAAAAAAAAUGAAAUUUAUGUUAUUUUUUCAAUAGAACAAAUUAUAUACACGGCAUUUUAUUCUUGCAUCGCUACUUCUUGUUACCUACUACUAACAAAUUUCCACCACCAACAAAGCAUUCCUUUACCACACUUCUUCCUUACAUAUAGGUAAAAAUGGCUAGCAAUCAGCCUACGAACGGUGGACAGGAUGAACAGCUUGCCAAACAAGCAUCGAAAUUAUCGAUGUCUUCGGCAAAGGCUCCCUCUUUCACUCCUACAGCUCCUGCCUUUGUGCCUUCUUUUCAGCGCCCUAGCUUUGUCCCUCAACAGCAAUCCAAUGUGGCUGCUGGAUUUCCAUAUGGUCAAAAUGCGGGAACUCCAAUCUCCAACAUGAGUUACCAGCAAUAUUAUCAGAAACCUGCUUCUCCAGCUGCUCAAGAGCAAUCUGAGGAUAAGAACAGAGUUGCCGAUUUCUCUAAGAAGAAAUCAUUCGUUCCUCCUAAACCUGCCUUACCCAAAGGUAAGAUUUUGUCUCUUGGUGGCUCUUCUGGUACUCAGAAGCCUGGUAAGCCUGUGUCCAUCAGUUUAGGUGGUGCUAAACCUGCUGCACAAGCCCCGGCUCCUGCAGCUUCUGCUACCAAGGAAGAGACUCCCCAGAAGCCUACUGAGGAUGCUUCUGCACCCCAGAAGGUCGAAACAAAGAAGCCUGCUGAGACCUCUUCCCCCGCUCCUGCUAAACAAGCCUCCGAGAAGAAACAGGCUCCUGCUACUACUGAGUCUUCUACCGAAGUCGAAGCUCCCGUUGAUAGAGAAGUGUUACAAGAAAUGUAUGGAAAGGAACACGUUAACAUCGUUUUCAUCGGUCACGUUGAUGCUGGUAAAUCCACUCUUGGUGGUAAUCUCUUAGUUCUUACUGGUAUGGUUGAUAAGCGUACCAUGGAAAAGAUUGAGAAGGAUGCCAAGGAAGCUGGUAAAGAAUCCUGGGCUUUGUCUUGGGCUUUGGAUAGCACUUCAGAAGAGCGUGAGAAGGGAAAAACCGUUGAAGUUGGACGUGCCUAUUUUGAAACUGAACAUCGUCGUUUCAGUCUUUUAGAUGCUCCUGGCCAUAAAGGUUAUGUGACCAAUAUGAUUAACGGUGCUUCUCAAGCCGAUAUUGGUGUUUUAGUUAUUUCUGCUCGUCGUGGUGAGUUUGAGGCUGGUUUUGAACGUGGUGGUCAAACUCGUGAACACGCUGUGUUGGCUCGUACUCAAGGUAUCAAUCAUCUUGUUGUAGUUAUUAACAAGAUGGAUGAGCCCAGUGUACAGUGGUCAGAGGAGCGUUACAAGGAAUGUGUUGACAAGUUGAGUGUUUUCUUGCGUCGUGUUGCCGGUUAUAACUCCAAGACUGAUGUUAAGUACAUGCCUGUUUCCGCUUAUACAGGUCAAAACUUGAAGGAUCGUAUUGACUCUUCUAUCUGCUCUUGGUAUAAAGGACCUUCCCUGCUCGAAUAUUUGGAUACCAUGUCCCGCUUAGAACGUAAGGUGAACGCUCCAUUUAUCAUGCCUAUUGCCUCCAAAUAUAAGGAUUUGGGUACAAUUUUUGAAGGAAAGAUUGAGGCUGGUACAAUUAAGAAGAACCAAAAUAUCCUUGUUAUGCCCAUUAAUCAGACACUUGAAGUCACUGGUAUCUAUGAUGAAGCAGAUGAAGAAAUUUCUUCUUCUAUCUGUGGUGAUCAAGUUCGCCUCAAGGUGCGUGGUGACGAUUCCGAUGUUCAAAGUGGUUAUGUAUUGACAUCUAUUAAAAAUCCCGUUCAUGCUACCACUCGUUUUAUUGCUCAGAUUGCUAUUUUGGAGUUACCUUCUAUUUUGACUACAGGUUAUACUUGUGUUAUGCAUCUUCAUACUGCUGUUGAAGAAGUUUCAUUUGCCAAACUUCUCCAUAAGUUGGACAAAACAAAUCGUAAGAGUAAGAAGCCUCCUAUGUUUGCUACGAAGGGUAUGAAGAUCCUUGCUGAAUUGGAGACUCAAACCCCUGUUUGUAUGGAACGAUUCGAAGACUACCAAUACAUGGGUCGUUUUACCUUGCGUGACCAAGGUGCUACUGUUGCUGUUGGUAAAGUCAUUAAAAUCUUGGAGUAAAUUGGUUUAAAUUUAAUUGUAUAGUUUUGUUAUUAAAAGUGGUUAAUGGUUAUCAUUGCUAGAUAAUGUACGGUAUCUUGUUUUUUAUUGAGUAUGUGGCCUUUGACAUAUGAGCGCCCUUCUUAAUAUAAGUCAGAGCGUGAAUGACCUUCUCCUCUAAUAUCUUUUUGAUCACUUCGUAUAUAAUUCAUACAACUGAGUGCAUAUUUAUAGUAUAAAAGUCGAA